AUGGCUGAGACAUCUGAACAAAGUGUUGCAUCGUUCGCAACAUCGCGGCUUCCACUAUUCCAUGGCCCUCUGGUUAAGAUACAAGUCCAACCUAUCGGUUGUGGAUACACAGUCUCUAAAGCACUCCUCUGCACAGAGUCGCGGGUUUUCUCAGCCAUGUUCGCAGGCGGCUUUCUCGAGGCCAAACAGGAGACGGUGAAACUGGAAGAAAUGAAUGGCGUUAUCUCCCCACGGAGUCUCGAAGCACUUUUUCAAUGGCUAUAUCUGCGUUUCAUCAAGUUCGACCUCGAUUAUGAUUCACCCGAAGAGCACAUUUCGGCUGCCGUCGAGCUCGCAAGACUUGCGGACAAGUACGAGAUUACGGGAAUCGAAUCUCAAAUAGCCCAAUACAUCAAGGAAACCAUUAUUGCCAAUCCACAACUCGAGGAUGACAUUGACGGCUCUUUCGUCAACAACAAUAUCUUUUGGCUAGAUGAUCAAGAUAUUAUUUCGGGAAUUCUCUUACAUGACGGGCAUCCAGUACGUCAAAUCUUGGCCGCAGCCUCCGUUGCAGGGUAUCUUCAGACCGAAAACCACAAAUUUGCCGAACUAGCUCAACGAUAUCCUAAAGUUGCAGCUGACCUCCUCCAUGAAGUGAGGCUAACCCUAAAUGGACUAGAGCCCCAUGGAAAUGCUUGUUUCAAAGACCCAAUUGGUGUGCAAAGGUUGUGUCUAUAUUAG